GUACAUAGAAACACUCCUAUAUGAACAUCUCAAGAAAUGAAGGAAUACAUUUAAUUUUAGUUGCACUAAGGGGCUGUUUGUUUCAGCCUCUUAAUGGUUCAGAUGUCUGAAUCGUUCAGCACUUAAUGGUUCAGACUGUUUGUUUCAGCCUCUUAAUGGUUCAGAUGUCUGAAUGGUUAAGAGAUUUGCCUCUGAAUGGUUAAGUAUUAUACAGAGUCUGAAUGUUUCCCUUCGUAGAAAAUGGUCCACCACCUAACGAGAGACCGACAGACAUCAGCGGGACAAGUGUAGGAGUCGAUGCGAAUUCGGCCAUCCCCGGAGAAAUCAAUCGCUGUUUUUCUUUCCUCCCCAUUUCUGGUUUUGGUGUUUUCUCCUCUUUGUUGUUGAUCGAUGAAGGGAUGAAAUGAAUGGAUGAUGUUCGACCUUUUUCCCCUGAGAACCAUCUUUGAUUUGCAAAAAUGGUUCUUUGUUCCGUCUGCGCUAACUAACUCCCGUCGAUCAUUCUCUUCCGGAUUCUCUGCCCGUAUGACCCAAAUGGGUUAUUUUCUUUUUCUCAAAUCUUCCCCGGAAAAGCAUUGAGAUCUCCGAGGUGCCGCCGGGAAAGUUCUAAAUGGCGUCUUCCCAAGUCCACAUUUCUCCGUUUGGAUGUGUGCUGGGUAACCGAACCCCGUGUGAUCGUUACAACCCGAAGAACUUCCACAAGAAUCUCAAGGUUUUGGUGAAUUCCUGCAUUUCCGACGAGAUGAGUUCGGAGGAUUCCGACGAGAAUGGUGGCCGGAUGGACCUAUCGGACCUUUGGGUUCAUAAACCUCGAUACCUUCAGAAGAAUUCCCACCCGGACGGCGAAAGGAAACCCACGAUGGAUAAAGAUUCCUACAACUGGGAUAGGGUGAGAAAAAUGGUGCUUUCUGUGGACGAGGACGACAAGAGGGAUGUUUCCCCGUCUAGGUCGGCGGCUGAGGUUCCCCAUCCGGGCGGCGUCUCCUCCCUUGUGCGGCGGUGGAAGGACUUUGAGAAACCCGCGGCCAACAACAAUUCCUCAGUUUGCAUCUCCAGGAGCAACUCCACCAGCUCCACACCCUGCGAUGAUUCGUCUUCCAUUGACAACGGCGGGGAACCAGAGAAUGCCCGUGAUAAAGAUUCUGAUGCGUCGGAGAGGGAGAGACUGAGGGUGACCGACAUAAUCAAGAAGCUUAUAUGUAACCUUGGUGGGGAGGGGGGAAACCACAGCAAUCGUGAGGCCCAGGGGAAUGCGGGGGGAGAGGAACCAUCAGCAUCUCCCAGGGUGAAACCUCCUGCUGAUCACCUCAGGUGUCACCCAAAGGUUCUGAAUUCGCCUCGCAUCAUCAGAGGCCGCCAGGCAUUUGCUGAAUUGCUGGCGCAGAUGGAGCUGGAGAGGAAGAAGGAGAUCCAAGGACUUGUGAGGCUCAAUGCCGUCUCUAAGUUCCAGCACAAAGGCCGCAUUCAGGUUAUGCUGAGGCUUAAGUUCUUAAGAGGCCGCGUAUCAAAUUAUGAGGCUCCUGAGUCGAACAGAUUGACACAAUCAUCCAUAAUGCAUCGAAGGGAGAGGUUCAAUGGUAGAGCUCCGCUUGGUAUGGAUGACUCCAAAGGAAUCCCCAAAGAGAUUCAUCAUCAUCAUUAUCAUCAUGAUAAUACAUCUGAAGCUGAAAAGGUUUUCAAAUCCACAUCUUUAGAGGUUGACCAAACAAGCCUUCAGCCGGAGGAGGCUGGAGGAAUUCAAUUAAGUUACGACAAAGGGUUCACAACUAGCGUUCAACACUCGGAGACUUCCAUUGCAGGAGGCAUUCCACUUGAAACGUGUCCUGAUAAUAGCCAAGAAACUGGCUCAGCUAGGCAUGAAGAAGUGACAGGGCCCUCUGAAGUUAGCCAUAAUGAAUCAAUAAAGCCUCCGGAGAUUGUUGGUGAAGAGAUCACGGAUCAUCAACAAAUGGAAAGUGAAUUGGGAAAGGAGUGUGCUCAGAGUCAGAGUGGAUUGGAUGAAAUGCAGUACGGAGUCAGUGAAGAGCCAGUAAUAAAUCAAGAUUGGAUAACCGAUGUUUCUCGCCCACGCAGUGAAUGGGAAGAUCUUAGGCAAGCUAGAUAUCAAGAGAUGCUGGAUCCUUUCAUAGAUAAUCUUGACAUUCAACAACUUCUUCAAAGGAGAAGUGUUUCAAGUUUUCUCUCUGGGGAUUUAAGGGAGAAAAUAGAUCGCCUUAUGAUAUCUCGUUCACAAGGAAACCAAAGAACACUUCAUACUGAUGUGCAUGAAGUAAAAGAAAAAGCAGAAGCAGAUAAAGGUGACAAGGUCGAAGAGGCAGGACCCGAAUGUCAAGAAGACGAAAAGGAUGAUGAUAACCAUGAUGAAGAAGAGAGAUGUUGUGAAUUUGAUUGCCAAAUCGAAGAACUAAAUAAGCAUGCAGAUUCAGUUGAUCGAAGCUGGAGCUACAAUCAAGGCCACAACUCGAGUGAUGGUUCUGAUGAAAUGACAUCUGCGUACUCACCUCCGUCUCAGUUCUCACACUUUUACUCCCAAAACAACCAACCAUACUGGUCCUCCAAAACACAUCCUUCAAUUGAAAUACAACUCAUAUAUGACUUGAAGAACCACAUGGAGCAACUCCACCAAGAGAUUUUUCAAGUAAAGAGAUCAAUAAAGAGUUGCAUGAACAUGCAAAAGAAAUUACAGCGCUCAAUCAAGCAUGAAGUCUCAGCUGUGCUUACCCAACCAGGCCAGAAGAGAGGGAGAGGUUCGGGUGGCAACAAACGCACACGGAAAGGGAACUGCUGCAUUUGCGGUGACAGUAAAAUCGACUCUCUUCUUUACAGGUGUGGGCAUAUGUGCACCUGCUUUGGCUGUGCCCAUCAGUUGAAAUCUGAUGACCAAAACUGUCCAAUAUGUCGAGCUCCUAUCUUAGAUAUUGUGCGAACGCAAACUAAUUAAUUACUGAGACAUGCCAAAAAAAGACCCAUUCAAUAUUUGGGAAGAUCAACAUCCAUGGGUUAUUAUAAGCAAUAGACGUACAAAUGUGAGACAUAAGAGGGCUUGUUUGGUCAACCAAUCCUCUCUCUGUGCAAUUCCUAGCUUCCUCACCCCCUCCAAUUUUUUAUUUGAUAGAGAUGAAAAAUAUUGUACUCCCUAUUAGUUAAUUAGAGUUACACAAUGUACCCAUGAAACAAUGACACUAAUCCUUCUAAUAUGUGAGUCAAAAUAAAAUGUGACUAUUUUU